AUGCGAAGACAUAAAAAGAGACGAGAUGAGAUCGAACUUGACUCUCUUAUAAGAAUUUUUGACUAUGUAGAAAAGAUAAUAGUAGAUAAAAUAUUAACUUCAAUGGAAACUUUAAUGUCGAUGGUCUCUAGUUUUAUGUUUUUUAAUCCAACCAAACCAAAAGCAAGUGGUGCAAAAAAUGUCGAUACAAGUCAUAGAGAGAAAAUUAAAAUACUUCAAAUGGUUAUCGCUCACGUAAAAGGUUUAGAUGUUGCUAUGUUUCAUUAG